AUGUACAAUUCGCGCCAGCCGAACAAUUAUCCUACACGCGGCAAAAGACAUGGUGCCUUUGUGUGGGAGCGCGCAACACCCGAGACGGAAAAACACUUCGCAAGGAGUGCCGAGGAAUGUCAGAUUGAUUCCGAGAAGGAUUUGAACUAUACUAUGCCCUUAGACGUUGCCGGUGCGGCAGCAAUGCAAGGAUGGGCGGAUGGAUUGACGGAACCCGCAGAAAGGCUGGCUCAUCAGCGGCAGUUCGCCGCUCGUAGGAGACCAUCCUCGCUCAUUGAACGGAAUCCGCGUGAGGAUACGGUCGCGUCCCUUCUUCAACCGGAUCUAUAUCGAGCCGAGUGUGACACCGGACCACCUCCGUUGUUUACUCGUUGA